ACAACUAAGAAACAGUUGUGGCAUUCGUUCGUGGGAGAGUUUUUGAAACGCGCCAUCCUUCUCCUUCCUCAGCGCCUUAUCUCCUCUCUUCAAAAUGUCCUUCAACGACGAAACCGCCAUAAUCUCAUGGCGCAAAAUCCCCAACCUCAAAUGCGACGUCGUUUCACCCAAUUCCUAUUCCCCUCUCCGCCAUAACGCCACACUCAUCUUCUUCUCCACCACCGUAGACACCAAAUUCGCCUCUAUCUCCGUCGCAGAAGCCAAAAUUCACAACCAUUUCGCUCCGACGCCGUCUCAGCUUCUCAAACACCCACUCGCUGCAUUAGCGUUUGUUCCUAGAGAUGCCGCUCUCUUCGCCGCCGGAGCAUUCGCCGGCGCUGCUGCUAAGACGUUCACUGCUCCGCUCGACCGUAUCAAGCUCCUCAUGCAGACUCAUGGUGUGCGGGUUGGGCAAGAAAGUGCUAAGAAGGCAAUAAGUUUCGUUGAGGCCAUAACAGUUAUAGGAAAGGAAGAAGGGAUUAGAGGUUACUGGAAGGGAAACCUCCCUCAGGUGAUUCGAGUUAUACCUUAUAGUGCCGUUCAGCUUUUUGCUUAUGAACUUUAUAAGAAAUUAUUCACGGGACAGAAUGGUGAGCUAUCUGUUGUGGCAAGACUUUCAGCAGGUGCUUUUGCUGGCAUGACAUCCACUUUUAUAACUUACCCGUUAGAUGUUCUGAGAUUACGAUUAGCUGUUGAACCGGGUUAUCGAACCAUGUCAGAGGUUGCCUUGUGCAUGCUAAGGGAGGAAGGAUUUGCAUCUUUCUACAAAGGCCUUGGUCCUUCUCUUAUUGCAAUAGCUCCUUACAUUGCAGUUAAUUUUUGUGUUUUUGACUUAUUAAAGAAGUCAUUGCCUGAGAAGUAUCAAAAGAGAACUGAGACAUCUAUACUCACUGCUGUGCUUUCGGCAUCUCUAGCCACACUUACAUGCUAUCCUCUGGACACUGUCCGAAGACAAAUGCAGUUGAGGGGUACACCUUAUACAACAGUAUUAGAAGCUUUUGCAGGUAUUGUGGCACGGGAUGGAGUUGCUGGUUUGUAUCGGGGAUUUGUGCCCAAUGCUCUGAAAACCCUACCAAACAGCAGCAUCAAGCUUACCUCAUAUGACAUUGUUAAGCGCAUAAUUGCAGCUAGUGAGAAAGAAUUUCAAUCAAUUACAGAGGAAAAUCGCAACAAACAAAAAAACGUCAACAAUCAAUGAAAGUGAACUUUGACUUCGUCUUAUUUUUGCCAAUUUUGCUCCUAAUAUUUUUACCCGAAUCAAUACUCCGUAUAGAACUAUUUAUUUUUUGUGGGAAUCACUUUAGCUUAUCGGCCAGCAGUAAUGACAAUCAUCCAGCUGCCAAUGUUUCUGUAUGUGCUGGCCAAGAAUUUUGUAGAAUAUAUACUUAUGCUAGGCAUAUGCUGCAAGUCCUAUUUUCUUUUGAUGAAUUUUUCAUUAGCUGUAAUUUUCCUGAGAUAUUUGUACUUAUCUAACUUGGUGAUAAAUUAUGAAAACCUGUAUGCUGUAA